CCCCGCCCCUCCCCGCGCCCGCCCUUGUCCCGGCCGCCCCCGCUUCCUGCGUCUGACGCAGCGCGCCGGGGGAGGGGCGGAAGUGAGGGGGAGGAGGACGCGGAAGUGGCGGCGGGUGUCGAGCCAAGAUGAAUUCCAGAGGAGCUACUUCUCUGUUGAAGGAUAGCAUCCCAAUUACUGAAUUUUCACCUGCUGGACCAUUUGGAAGUCAUGAUCUUCUGCGUAGAGGCUUUACAAGUGUGAAAAAUGAAUUGUUGCCCAGCCACCCACUGGAGCUAUCAGAAAAAAAUUUCCAGUUAAAUCAAGAUAAAACAAACUUUGCCACGCUGAGAAAUAUUCAAGGACUCCAUGCACCUUUAAAGCUGCAGAUGGAAUUCAGAGCAGUGAAACAGGUCCAGCGUCUCCCAUUUCUUCACAGCUCAAACAUAGCACUGGAUACUCUGAGAGGAAAUGAUGAAUGCAUUGGUUUUGAGGAUAUUCUUAAUGAAUGGAAGAAAUCUCAUAGGCACUUAAGGGUGAGAAUUUCUGUGAAACUCAGCAGUCAGCUGGAGAAGGGAAACCAUCAGUGGUAUACCCCAGCUAGUGGAAAGCCUGGAGUGUGAGCUGCUACUGUGCUAGACCUCAGAGAAGUAGCAUUGGAAAGAUGUGUGGGCUGCCCAUGGGAAAAGCAUCAGUCAGACUUUCAUUAUUGUAGACACCAAACUCAAUCAGUCAUGAUAUUCAGACUAUAGGAGAUUGUGCUUAUGUAGAACUGUGUGGCUUUGCUUGAGUUGUUUUUGGUUUUCCACUUAUCAAAAACCUGUACUGCUAGAGAUGUAUUGAUUAUCUGAUCAUUACUUUGGACAGAGAUUUGAGUUGGAGAUGUGCGCUGUGCACAGUAUCAAAAAUCAGUGGAGUAAUUGUUGCACUAAAUAUUAAUAUAAAAAGGAAAAUCUAGAUGAAAUAUGGUUGUCUUGAUAGUUACUGUUUGUAGCUUUGUAGAAACCUAAUAUUUGUUGUGUUUGUGUGUGUGUGUGUUUUUUUUGUUUUUUUUUUUUUUUUUUUU